AUGGAAAACCUCAUCAUGGAUAACAUUACUAUGGAGAAUGUCACGUCAGUGCAGGACAAUCAAACAACCCUGGGUGUUUGGACUGACUACACAGGUGAAUACAAAGUGGUCAGCGUGUUUUUGGUGUGCCUCAUAUGCGGGAUGGGGAUUGUGGGGAAUGUGAUGGUGAUACUGGUGGUGCUGACCACCAAACACAUGCGGACCCCCACUAACUGUUACCUGGUAAGCCUGGCUGCGGCUGACCUGAUGGUGCUGACGGCCGCCGGGCUGCCCAACAUCACCGACGCCCUGAACGGACAGUGGGUGUACGGCUACGCGGGCUGCCUGGGUAUCACUUAUUUGCAGUAUCUGGGAAUAAACGCGUCCUCCUGCUCCAUCACAGCAUUCACCGUGGAGCGCUACAUCGCCAUCUGCCACCCCAUCAAAGCGCAAUUCCUGUGCACUUUAUCCAGGGCGAAGAAAAUCAUCAUGCUGGUGUGGGCGCUCACCUCCGUCUACUGCGUAAUGUGGCUCUUUCUGUCGGACACAAAAACGUUGGUGUACGACAACGUGGUGCUCCUCAGCUGCGCCUACAAGGUCUCCAGGAGUUACUACCUGCCCAUUUACUUCACGGAUUUCGCGGUGUUUUACGUGCUGCCUCUCAUGCUGGCCACGGUUCUGUACGGGCUGAUCGCCCGGAUACUUUUCCUCAACCCGCUGCCUUCAGAUCCCAAGGGCAGCAGCAAGAAGUGGAAGAAGGAGACGAGUCAGGGAGGGAGGAUGAUCAGCACCUGCUCCUCCAGCAGCACCACGGCCGCCUCGCGCAGACAGGUGACAAAGAUGCUGGCUGUGGUGGUGAUCCUCUUCGCCUUACUUUGGAUGCCCUACCGGACCUUAGUGGUGGUUAACUCCUUCCUGGACAAUGCCUACCUGGACACCUGGUUUCUUCUCUUCUGCCGUCUCUGCAUCUACCUAAACAGCGCCAUCAACCCGGUCAUCUACAACGUUAUGUCCCAGAAGUUCCGCGCUGCUUUUAAGAAGUUGUGUCACUGCGGCCCACAGCGUAUGGAAAAACCAGCUUCUUACAGUGUUGCGCUCACCUACAGUGUCAUCAAGGAGUCUUCCAAUGGGGAAAGUCCUGACCACUUCACGACAGAAAUGGACGAUGUUACCACUCCAACGGAUCAGUACUUACCUGCAAGCAUCCUACCAAGUGCCAAGAAGAUGCCGUUCGCAAAACCUAUCCCUGUCAGGGAGUGAUGGCAAAGCCUGACAAAGAAAACGUUGCACUUAAAGAGGAUAGCAGAGACUCUGGCAGCUGUAGAAUGGAUUUAGUCACCCAUGGGACAUUUCAGAGAAGUUUUAAGUAAAAAUUACCCAGAUACUUACAAUUUAAUUUCACCAAGGUGUUUUCUCUUGGAAAUGGUUCUUUUAUUUGGCAAAGACAAUUUGCCAAAAGCAAAAUAGGAUGCUAUUUGAUUUUUUGGAUAAGAUUUUAGCAUUGUAUACAAAAGAAGAGCAGGGAGCAUCCACAAACCUUGCAAAGGUAGAAUUUAUUGAUACAACAAACUGAAACUAAAUUAAAGUGACCUGCUUUCCUCUCUCUCCACACAAAGCAGAACCAGACAAAUAUGUCACACUUAAUAUUGGAAAGUUUCCGAAGUGAAUAUCAUGUGGCUGAGUGAUAUGACAAAAUAUUCAACAAAUUCUAUUGAUAUUUAUUGAGAUAUAAAUGAAGUCAUCCUAAGUAGGAUGCAAAACCCGGAAAAAAAAUGAAGAAUAUUGCAAGCUGCAGACAUAAUAUCUAUUUAAAUGAUUAAAUUAUCCAAAAUGAAACAUAAAAUAUUCAAUCCUGUCAGUCUAUCCCUAUGAAUCCCGCUGUGUGAAAUGUUUGCAGUCAUGGAGCUCAUAUCUUGGGUCAGUAAUGUUACAGUUUGUUGCAGGGGUGUUUCUCUAAGAGCUACUUGUUCCUAAGGGUGGGUCUAAUUACUGGUGAGAGUGCAAGCGCUUGCACUUUGUGUGCAGUAUCAUAUGGUGAUGCUUCAGGUUUAAAUUAGUUCCUGUCCUCCCGCUAACAUUGUACAUCACCUAAAGUAUCAGUUUAGUGUCAGACUCUUAAUUAAAUUAGCCUUGUCCUGUUUGGGACUAUCUCAAAAACGUCUGUUAAUGGAAACCAAAACAAAUGGUUUGAGUCGAGCCAGUGUCGUAUAAUGCAGUGGAAAUGUGACAUAAGCAGCCAAAGUAACGCCACACUACUGACCGUUACUUUGUUUCUCCACGGCAACUCUUUACCAUUGAAGGUUGUUGGAGCUGCUGAGCUGUCGCUUUCUGUAUCAACACACAAAAGUUUCCUCUAAGGAAGUGCACUUCUCUACUGUCUAACUCAAGCCCCGAGGAACAGCGCCGGGCUUUGAGCCAAUUUGACAUAGUGUAGUGUAAUUACAACUAUAUGAUCUGUGGUUUACGUUGGGAAAAAGACAUCUGUAAAUCAGCUGAUCAUUUAUUUUUGAAGUACUUCAGCUCACCAGUAUGAACACUACAAUAUCCCUUAAUUAAAUCAUUAUGUUCUAAAAGUUGUAGCCGAAUCUAGAGUUAUUUCGGUUCUGUCGUUCAUGUGAACGAGCACGAGACCGAGCGGUCGAGAGGCGGGGUUAAAGGAAAGGCUAGUGUGCUUGCUCUAUGGGCCCAUGGAGAUCUGGAUAGAUACCCAGGAAGUCAAACUUUUUUGGCUUCAUGAAACACUGAUAAACUUUCAUAGGAAUGAACAUCCAUGGUCUAACUAUCCAACUUCUGAUACCAAAACAGUUGCAGUGAUGUGUUUAGUUAACUCAACCAGCAGUGCCAUGCCUAUAUGUAGAUAGCCUCCACCAAAAGAAAAGAAACUCCUGUUAACUUCAAACUUUUCUUAUAUCCAUAUUGUGUCCUAUUAGCUGUCUUGCUAACGAGAUUUAUUGCAGUCACUAGGGUGUCAGGCCUAUGUUCCCUCAGAACCUAUGCAUUUCUUUCCCCAUCCAAAUUAGGCCCAACGUUCCCUCUGCAAAUGAAGACUGGUGACGAUUAUACAUGUGUGUAUGCAUGGCAUUUUAAACACUUAUUCACUUAUUAAAAUAACUUAUUAAAAGAACAUGGUUUGGGUUAAUAUAGACCCUUUCUGGCAGAAAGCCCUGAGGCCUAACGUCUCCUAUGUGCGCCGGAGGUACUGAUCUGAGGGAACAUAGAGCUGAGGGAACAUAGACACGCUGCCAUCACUACGGCUAACAUCAAGCUAGCUGUUGGUGUUGGUCAGUAAAUACCUCCAAACUGUAGGCUGGCUGUGUUUUCUUCUCUACACAUGGUAAACACGUGAGAUGUAAUGUGUGGAUGUGGAGGCUUUGAAGUUGUGUAAAAGUCACCAAUGGUAAAAUAACGAGUAAUGUAACUAAUUCGCAUGACUUUUUCUGCAGAGUAAUUAGUAAAGUAACUUUAUUUUAAUUAAUUAUAUGUAAUGUUUAAAUUAUUACAUUUUUCAAGUAACUUGGCCAAAUCUGUAUAUGACAGAAAUAGCUUGGUCUCUGUGUUGGGAUUGGGUAGCAUGUAAUAAUAUGUAAUAGUAUGUCGUCAAGCUAUCUAAUUUAUCUACAGGAUAUCAAAGUUUCAAAUUUUCUAAUAAAGGACAUUUUUCUGUCACAAUCAGUAUUUAUAUGGUCAAGUCCUAGCAUGUCAUUGGUACCCAGGAUAACUUGUAGCAAAAGUAUUUCCUAUUUGUUCAUAUACCUGCCCACCAUGAACCGGGACAUUUCAACCACACUGGUAGAGAGAAAGCACAGAUAUGGAAUAACAUGACCCUUUCAAAAGGUCCAAGUAAAGAAAAGGACAGAUAUUACAGACACUAAUUUAAACCUGCUGUGUCAAUUUAAAACCUCCUGGACUCUAAUGAUUCCUACAGGGACUUUGAUGUUAACAGUGGCUGACACUCAAAAGUUUUAUGUUGCUUUGGUCACUGUGAAGACGACCACUGUGAAAACUGUGAGUAGUCUGUGUAGUCAGUGGCCAGUGUAUAAUAAUGAGGAAGAAAUAUGUAACCCUGACAGAGAGGCUGUUGGUCAAAGGGUCAGAUAACUGUCGUGGCAGUAAUUCACUGAUAUUGCCUGAGAGUGCAGCACUUUUUGGUGAUGUUUCUGCUCAGCGAAUCCCACAGAGCAAUGAUGGAAUGUGUAAAUAGAUCACAACAAAGUGCCACACUUGAGUUGGUGCAAUCCACAGUAUGUAUAGCUCACCCUGCUAUUAAAAGAGGAAUUUUGUGCUGUUUGUUUGAGCUAUGCAUACAGUAUGUAUAAAUUAAAGAGCACUCAGAGGGAAUGAAUACUAGGUUAACUAAAUGUAGAAACCUGAUCAUUCUGAAGAGCAGGCUUUUCAUUUAUUGUAAAUUUGCUUAAAAUGAAUUGUGCAGUGCAAUGUGAAAUUAAAUAUUGUGUUUUCAAAUGUGUGCCCGCAAGUGCAUUUAAAAAAAAGGAAAAUAGCUUGUUUUGAUCCAUCGUUCCAUUAGUGAGUUUUUUUAUAAUUUCAAACCAAACUUUAAUAUGUGACAAAUAAAAAAAAAGGUUUGAAGUUUGUAGCGUAAAGUACCUCUCAUUGUGCAAUUUUAUUGAUUCCUCCCUUUGCUCUCAGUUAAAACACAUUUUGUUUUUGGCAAAACAUUGCUAUACCGAUAACAGUUGUAAUGGAAAUGUCUUCUGUUCUGCACCACGCACACUUUGCUGCAUGAACGCAAGCUUUAGUGAGCUCAACACAAAGAUGACAAAAUCUAACAUCUGAUGUAUUUCCAUCUGAGGCGUUGCUUUGUGCACAUUUCUGUCUCAAGGUAGCUUUUUCUGCUCUUGCUGUUCAAUGUUUUGUUUUGUAUUUUUUAUUGUUCUUUGUCUAUAAUAAACAGACGAUAAUUACAGCGCCUCGUGGGUGGUGCAAUAUUGCUACAUUU